AUGCAGCAGCCGGGCAGCCACCAGAUCCAGCCCAUCGACUCCCUUACACCGUUUCUCGGUGGCAAGUGGUGGAUUCGGGCACGUGUGACAGACAAGACGGACAUCCGUACCUGGAACAAGCCGACGUCGCAAGGAAAGCUCUUCUCCUUUACCCUCAUUGACGAGUCUGCCGCGAUUCGGGCGACAGUCUUCAACGACGCCGUGGACACCUUCGAACCGCUCAUCGUCAAUGGACAGGUGUACUACUUCAGCGGUGGCCAGGUGAAGAAUGCAAACCGGCGUUUCAGCAACGUGAACAAUGACUACGAGCUCACGUUCGACCGCAGCUCGGAGAUUAUGUUGGCGCGGCAGGACACAUCAACCGCGGCGCUACCGAUGCAGCGCUACAACUUUGUGCCAAUCGAGCUUCUAAAGCAGCGCGAGGUCGGCUCACUUGUUGACGUGCUUGGUGUCGUGCUCAAGGUAGACGAUGUGUCAUCCAUCACGCAGAAGUCGACAGGCCGCGAGCUGGUAAAGCGGAACGUCAAGAUGGGCGACAUGACGGCAGCUGUGGAGGUCACCUUCUGGAAUGACGAGGCGCAGACUUGGGGCUACCCGGUCGGCACCGUUGUGGCGCUGCGGCAGUUGAAGGUCGGCAGUUUUGACGGCGUGACCCUCUCCUCCACCUACCAGACUAAGAUCGACGUCAACCCCACCGACCUGCCGGACGUCAAGAAACUCGCGACGUGGUACGUGUCGACUGGCGGCGCGAACGUGACGUCGUUGUCGUCGCAGGGGCUUGGCGCAAUAAACGGCGCCGGUGGCGAGAACGACCGCGGGCGCAAGUACCUCGACGAGAUCCAGUCGGAAGGGAUCGGCCGGGGACUGAAGCCCGAGUACGUCGACGUCCGAUGCGUCCCCAUCUACUUCAAACAGGACGCCCAGUGGUACGACGCGUGCCCGACGUGCAACAAGAAGGUGACCGAGGAGGGUGCUCAGGGAGAUCGCUUCCGCUGCGAGAAGUGCGACAAGACGGUUACACCAACGCAGCGCUACCUCGUCUCCAUCCAGGUCACGGACAACGUCUCUCAGGCGUGGCUAACGCUGUUCAACGAAGCCGGCAUCGAGUUCUUCGGGAUGGAGGCGGCGGAGCUGAAGAGGCGUGCACAGGAGGACCCCCUCUACAUCGCGAAGUUAGCACAGGGCCGCAUGAACAGGCCGGUGGUGAUGCGUCUGCGCGUGAAGGAGGAGACGAGCUCGAACGCCAUGACCGGCGAGGAGUCGGACCGGCUGCGCAUGUCGGUGGUGCGCAUUUCAGAGUUCAUGCCGAUUGCUGGCACCUCCGAGGACACACGCCGCCGCCUCGCGCAGAACCUGCGCGCGGAGUGCGAUGAAAUUCUACGCCUCAUCGAGGCGUACGUGUGA